AUGUCAUCUGGUGGUGAACAAUUUGGUAACAAAAUACCACCGCGUCGUCCUUGGACCAUGCCAGCGGAACAGCAGCAGCAGCAGAAGCAGAAGCAGAAGAAGGUGAAGGACACAAACAAGCAGCAGGGGGCGCCUACAGAUUCGGCUUGUGCCCAGGCCGCCAUCAAGGCGCUCUCACUCUUUCAGGCAGCCAACUCCAAGGCGGCACAGGGUCCUGCGCCCUCAACACCAUCGAAUGCAGAACCUCAGGCGCCGUCCGGACCAUCCGGUGGUCAAGAGCAAUCCGGCGCUCAGUUCGGCACCUCAGCUGUCCCUCCCACUCCAUUGGCACCAUCUGAUGAUCCACAGGCUGCGGCGGAUCAUCCGGACCCUGAGGCAGACGGUGACCUCUCUUCUUGUUCUCCUGACACACCCAUGGCGGAGCCGGACGACACCACGGCUGGGCAGGCCAAGCGCCGGAUGUCGGCCCCAUCCCCAGCAAAGCAUGACCCCAAGCGUCCAGCUAUUGGCGAUGAGGCUUCAGGCCGCCCUCGCGCUCCGGUUCGGUCUGGGUCCAUCUCAACCGUCCAUCCGGUUGCCCCUCUGCCUUGUGCCAUUCACAAAGGAGGGGGCAUCCCGAUCAUCCCUGCAUCCCGUUGCUUCUCCGAGCAGGUAAAGUACAUGCUCGAGUUUGUCAACCCGGAGGCUCUGACUGCGCUGUUUGACUCUGCGGAGCAAACCUUCGAAGACGUCCGGGGCAUGGAGACCCUCCGGCGGGCUGUCCGUGACACAGUUGACCAAAGGGAGGUUCAACACAGAGCGGCUACCGGUGAACCGGCAUCCCGCCCGGAUGAGCAGGUGACCUUCCAGUUCGGUCUUACUGGUCCGGCGUCCAGGCUGCCGAGGCAGGUUUAUUACGAAUUUUAA